AUGAAUCGUCGUAACGCUAAACGAUUGACAUUUUCUAUCUUCCAAUGGCUGCUCGAGAGUAUUGCCGUCAUUUUUGGGAUCGUUCCGCAAUUACGGACGAUUCGUCGAAUUUCUACAACAAGAAAAUGUAGGAAUACAAUAGGAGUGCAUAGAACUCUCAAGAGACAAAAGUUCUUGCGAAAUAAAGGAAAAUCUCCAUGUGCACAGACAUCCAUAAAUAUGGCAGAUAUUAAUAAUAAUAAUAACAAUAAUCUGAGUUGUGAAAUUCGAGAUAAUCAAUGUCGAAUUCUAUGUUUUCAAGUUGAAAAUGACCAAAUCUUAGACUAUAUUCGAAAUUUGUUCAUAGAAAAUGCAUCACUGUUAAAGACAACUCAAAUAAUUGAUUUCGAAGAGUUGAUGAGAUCUAUUCAAUCGACGAAAACUAAUAAAAUUUAUGAAGAUGCAUCAACCAUGACAACUAGUAAUCAGAAUUGUUGUCAACACAUCUUCUGUUCUACUUUCAUGACGCAAUCUGAAAAUACACGUCGUCUGAAAGCAUCGGGCUUCAUUCGAUUGUUUCUCGAAAAGAGCAAAGACGAAUUUUAUCAUCAUCUGAUAAAUGAAGAACGUCUCUGUCAACAAAAGACAUCAGCUAUUUAUCAAAUGAUAAAAGAGUUUCUGAAAGUCAUACACAAACCAGAACAUGAACAAAACGAAAUUCUCCAUUGA